AAAAAUAUAUUUUUAUAUUUAUUUAUCUGUGGAAUAUUCCCAUAAAAAAAUUUAUUAUUCAAUACAAAUUCCUGUGCAUUAGAGAGUCAACACACCCUCCCUUGGCUACUACAUAAUGAAUCGUUCAAGAAAAAAAGUUAUACGUCCCCAGAAUCCAUAUUCAAAAGCGAAUAUAUUUUCACGCAUGAGUUUCUGGUGGACCACCGAUCUCUUUCGUUUGGGCUGGAAAAAAUCACUUGAUGAAACUGAUUUAUACGAAAUACCCCGUGAUUUAGACUGUGAAGAUGGCACUGAAUAUGUGGGGGCACUGUGGGAAGAGGAGAAGAGGACAAAGAAAAAUCCCAAUAUAGUACGUGUGAUAUGUAAAGCUUAUGGAAAACGUUUCCUGCCAGUAGGAUUUUUCUGUGCUCUAUUAGAGACAACAGCAAAAUGCUUGCAACCUUUAUUUUUGGGUGGUUUGGUAUCCUUCUUUGCCGCCGGCCAGUCCACUGUAAGUGAAAAUAUGGCCUUCAUAUAUGCCGGCGGUAUAGUCAUGAGUGCAUUCCUGUUGGUUUUGUGUGUGCAGCCGUAUUUGUUUUAUGCCUUUAAGACCAGUACGAGAAUACGUGUGGCCCUUUCGGGUUUGAUUUAUCGCAAAUGCUUGCAAAUCUCUAAGAAUUCCAGUGAUGAUGGUUUACGUGGUCGCGCCAUUAAUAUAUUGGCCAAUGAUUUGUCGGUGUUUGAUUCAGCUGUAUGUUUUAUUCACGAUUGGUGGAAGGGUCCCACGGAAUCCUUGAUUAUUGGUUAUCUUAUGUAUCGUGAAAUUGGCUGGGCUGCGGUAGUUGGUAUUUCCUUUUUGCUAGCCUUUAUCCCCCUGCAGGCCUGGGGAGCCAAAAAAGCUGCCGGUUAUAAACAAAAGACUGUGGAACGCACAGAUUGGCGUGUUAAGUUAAUGAAUGAAAUUAUUCAGGGUAUCCAAGUGAUUAAGAUGUAUGCCUGGGAAAAAUCAUUUGCUCGGGUUAUUAGUUUCGUAAGACGCAAGGAGGUGAAUGCCAUUAAGGGUUCUUCUUACAUUUAUGCCAGUUUAAAUUGUACCUAUAUGAUCUCACCGAUAUCCAUAUUUUUGGCCUUGAUCUCUUACAUCUAUUUUGGAGAUGUUUUGACGGCCAAGAAAAUUUUUACCAUAUCCUCCUUCUUUACCAUGCUUAAUGUCUCUAUGGUGAAAUAUUGGCCCAUGUCUUUGUUAUUUUUGGCUGAAUCUUGGAUUUCAAUUAAAAGAUGUAAUGAAUUUUUGUUGUACAAUGAGGACGAACCAAAGCAGGAACAGACAUUGUACCAUAAAAAUCUUCAAACACAUAAUGCCAAGGAAGAGAAAUCUGCUCAUGAGCUAUUGCUGCUCAAGGACAAGGAGACCAGUAAACGUGUGUUAAAUGAAGCGGCUAAAGUAAAAAGCGUAGAGCUGCGCAAUGUUAUGGCUACAUGGGAGACACAUGGUGCUGAGGGUAAUAUGUCUACUCCCGCUCUACAAAAUUUCACUACCACUUUUGAGGAGGAAACUUUGGCUGCUAUUGUGGGUCCCGUAGGAGCGGGUAAAUCUACUUUACUUAAUGCUAUAUUAGGAGAAGUGAAUAUAGAAUCGGGUGAAAUCCUCGUCAAUGGCAAGAUCUCUUAUUGCUCUCAAGAACCCUGGGUAUUUGAGGGCACUAUUAAGGAUAAUAUUAUAUUUGUGGAAGACUAUGAUGACAGACGUUAUAAACAGGUGCUGAAAGUUUGUGCUUUGGAACGUGAUGUUGAGUUAUGGCCCAAACGUGAUCAGACCGUGGUGGGUGAACGCGGUGUAAGUUUGAGUGGUGGACAAAGGGCAAGAGUAAACUUAGCCAGGGCUAUAUACCGCAAGGCAGAUAUCUAUCUACUCGAUGAUCCUCUAUCGGCUGUAGACACCCAUGUGGGAAAACAUAUAGUAGACUAUUGUAUCAAUCAAUUUCUGUACGAUAAAAUACGUAUAUUGGUUACACAUCAGCUGCAAUAUCUAAACGAUGUAGAACAUGUUAUUCUCAUGGAUGGCGGUAGUAUUGCAGCUCAGGGUAAUUAUCAGGAAUUGCAAAAUUCCAAAAAAUUCAAAUUUUUGGCUCAGUCACAAAAUGAAAAUGCUGAUGGUGAUAAUGGUGAUGAUAUGGAAUAUAUUGAUGAAGUAUCAGAAGAUGAAAUAAGUCUCAGGACCCAUAGAUCACGUUUAGCUUCGGAAAAUAGUACUGACUUUGAUUUACACGAUAUGGUGGUGGAUGAAAAGGAAGAAAUCGAAGAACUUAGUAAAGAGGCUCAGGCAGGUGGUUCGGUUAAGUUUGAUACCUAUUUGACUUACUUUAAGGCUUUGAAUAAUACUUGCUUUUUCAUCACGGUUACGGCUCUAUUCGUUUGCACCCGUUUUAUGCUGAACAGUAUGGAUUAUUUCCUAUCCAGAUGGGUCAUUUGGGAAGAACAAAUUGCUUUGGAACCCUUUAAAAAUACUACAGAUUUUGAGAUCAAUAAUGCCACAAUCUCUACUGCAAAUAAUGCUACAUAUCUACAGCUUAAUAAUGCCACAGAUUUUGUUUUUAAUAACUCUUCGGAAAGAACUGCUUACGAUAGUCAUACUGACGAGAGAUAUCAACUGGUUCUCAUGUAUUUGAUAAUAUUGAUGGCCACCAUUGUUGUUUAUAUUCUACGUACUUUUGGCUUUUAUCGCAUGUGUCUUCAGAUCUCAUUGCAUUUACAUGAUCUACUAUUUCGUGCCAUUACUCGCACCUCUAUGUUGUUUUUCAAUACAAACCCUUCGGGCCGUAUAUUGAAUCGUUUCUCGAAAGAUAUUCGUACACUGGAUGUAGAUGUACCACGUACUUUAAUUGAUUGCGCAUCGUUUAUAAUUGAUAUAUCCGGUGUCAUGAUCAUAGUGGCCAUUGUCAACUAUUGGCUGUUAAUACCCUCACUACUGAUCAUUUUGGGUCUGAUUACUUUAAGACAAAUUUUCGUUAACACCAGUCGUGAUAUUAAACGUUUAGAAUCUAUUUCCCGCAGUCCCAUAUAUUCCCUAACAAAUCAAACAUUCCAAGGUCUUACCACCAUCAGAGCUUUGCAGGGUGAGAGAGCUCUAGAAGCUAAAUUCUACGAACAUCAAAAUGCCAAUACAUCUGCUUGGUUUUUAUUCUUUUCCUCCAAUCGUGCCUUUGCUGCCUGGAUUGAUAUACUCUGCGUUUGUUAUAUAAGCAUAGUAACCUUUAGUUUCUUGGCUCUACGUUCCAGUUUCAAUAGUGGUGAUGUGGGUUUAGCCAUUCUACAAUCAUGUGCCUUGGUGGGCAUGUGCCAAUGGGGUAUGCGUCAAUCGGCUGAAUUGGAAAAUAAUAUGACAAGUGUGGAACGUGUUUUGGAAUACACAAAUCUCGAACCAGAACCACCCAUGGAAACUGCAGAGGAAUCAAAACCUCAAGGACCCUGGCCUAGUAAAGGACGCGUAGAGUUUGUCAACUUUAGUUUAAGAUACAAUCCCAAUGAUGAUUGUAUAUUGAAAAAUUUAAACUUUACCAUAGAACCUAAACAGAAGGUGGGUAUAGUAGGACGCACUGGAGCUGGUAAAUCUUCUAUAAUACAAUCGCUCUUCCGUUUGGCUUAUAAUGAGGGUAUUAUACGUAUCGAUGGUGUAGAUAUUGAAAGUAUAGGCCUAUACGAUUUAAGAAGCAAAAUUUCUAUAAUACCUCAAGAUCCAGUAUUAUUCUCGGGUACUUUACGUUAUAACUUAGAUCCCUUGCAAGAAUAUAACGAUGAGCAGAUGUGGCAAGCUUUGGAAGAUGUAGAGUUGAAAGAACAUGUUAAAAAAUCGAUGGGUGGUUUAGGUUGUGCCAUGUCCGAUGGUGGCUCUAACUUUAGUGUGGGUCAAAGACAAUUGGUUUGUUUGGCACGUGCCAUUUUAAGGCAAAAUAAAGUACUAAUUUUGGAUGAGGCUACCGCUAAUGUGGAUCCCAUUACCGAUGCCUUAAUCCAAACUACCAUACGCGAUAAAUUUGCCGAUUGUACGGUCUUAACAAUAGCCCAUCGUUUACACACCGUUAUGGAUAGUGAUCGUGUUCUUGUUAUGGAUGCUGGUCGUGCUGUUGAAUUCGAUCAUCCUUAUUUGUUGUUGCAAAAACCUAAUGGUUUCCUACGCAGUUUAGUAGAUGAUACUAGUUCAGAUGCUGCCGCUGCUUUAUUCCAAACGGCUCAGGAAAGUUACAAGUCAAAAGUACAAAGUGUAUAAAAUGACUUUUAGGUUAAAGAGGAGAAAAAAUCGAUGGACUUAAACUAAUUUAGGAAAUAAUUAUAUUAAUUAUUAAAUUUAAUUAAACUUGGACUUAGGUAUAUUUAUUGUUGUAUG